AUGGCGAUGCUAGGUAAGGCGAGCCCAGCAGAAGGAGUGAGCGCUUCCCCCAGGAUUUCCGCCGGAUCUUCCCCCAGGUCUUCCCCCGGAUCUUCCGCCGCCCUUGCGCCGUCGGCCCUUCCGUCCGUCCUUCCGCCUUCGAUCGUUCCGCAGUACGAUCGACUGUUUUUUGCGUCGAAGGCUUUAGGUGAGGAUGAGGGUACAGCGCGGGUUUUAGGCGGAGCGGACGGGUCAGCGCGGGAUUUAGGCGGAGCGGAGGGGGCAGCGCGGGUUUCAUGCAGAGCGGACGGGAUAUCACGGGUUCUUGCGGGCGACGAGAGCGAUCAACCUAUAGUGCAGAACGAUGCCGCCUCACGCGCUGAUGCCGAUCGGAACGCCACUGCCAAUGAACGUGCUACGGUCAGUGAACGCGUUACAGCCGGCCUGGGCGCUACAGCCGACCCGGCGGCCGCUACAGCCGAUCGGGCUGCUAGAGCCUCUCACGACGACGAUAAUGUAGAUGGGAAAGCUACAAUGAUGCGCGACGAUGCUGCUGCUAUGAAAGCUGCAGAUAGUAGUCGUGAAUAUGCUAUAACGGGGGAUGCUAUUGUCGAAGGUGAGUCUGCCGUGACGCACGUUGGAACGGAGGAGCGCGGAGAUGCUCGUAAUGUAGCGAGAAAGCCACUAACGAGUCCAGUUAUUGACCUGACGCUAGAAGAGAGCGACACGGUGUCUGACGUGGAGCACUCACGGGCUGACGUUAGCGCCGCCGGAGCUGACGUGGAGAACACUGGGGCUGACGUAAGCGAUACAAGGACGGACGUGGAGGAGUCUCAAGUUCGCAUGAACAUGGAACGUACAAGGGCUGAUGACGUGGAGCAGACAACGGCUGACGUGGAAGCGACAAGGGCUGACGUGGAACAUUCAAUGGCGGAUGUGGAAGUGGAGAGAGUCAAGGUGGACGAGGCAAGGGCAGCCGGGCAGGCCAGAGGGGGUGGGGAGGCGAUGGGUGGUGGAGGGGCGGCGGCACGGGAUGGGGGCGAGGAGCGAGCAGGUGAGGAGACGGCAGACAGGGCAACGUCAAUUAUAGCAGUGGGAGCUACGGAGUACGGGACGGGGGAGGGGGAAAGGGGAGCGGAGGGGGCGGAGAAGAGUGGGAAGGGGAGGAGAAAGAAAGGUCGGAGGGAGAGGAGAGGAGAGGAGGAGGGAACGAGUGCAGGGACGCGCGAGGGGCAGAGUGCGGCUUUGGAGGGCGGGCAGAAUGAAAACCAGGAAGACGGGCAGGAGAGGAAAAAGAAAAGGAAGAAGAGGGCAAAGGGCAAGGGGGCAGAGGGAGCGGAGGGAGCGGAGGGAGCAACAGGUGAUGGCGCAGCAGCGAGUGGGCAGCAGGGCGACCAGUCGCACCCCCAAGGGAAGGCCCAGUCAGCGCCUCAACUUAAGUCGGAAGCAGCAGGCGAGGGAGGGGGCGAGGCAGGCGGGGAGGGCGUGGAGAUGCGGCGGCUGCUGCGGCUGCCACGGUACUUCACACCCGCGGAGGGGCAGCACCAGUGCUACCUCUGUGGCCUCGUGCUCGCCGGGCCCCUCCCCCACGUCUGCCAGGGCGCGCAGCAGGGGGACGGGGGUGAAGGGGGGACAGGGGGGAGGGCGGGGGAGGGCGAGGGCGAGGGGAGGGUGUGCUGCGUGUGUGGGGGGUUGGGGCAUUCGGAGCGGCGGUGUCCCGAGAGGGUGAUGUGUGUGCGCUGUGGGCAGCCGGGGCACGUGGUCAGGCACUGCCCCUCCCGCACGUGGACCCGGGCGCAGGGGGCGGCUGGUGGCGGCCGCAAGGGCGCUCAUGGCGCUGCUGCUGAUGGUGCUGCUGCUGCUGGGGACGGGCGGGGAGGGGGGGCGGCGGAGUGCAUGCGGUGUGGCGGCGAGGGGCACGUGUUUGGGGAGUGCUGGCAGCCGUACGAUCCUGCUGACCUGGCGAGGGUGCAGUGCCACGUGUGCCUGCAGUGGGGCCACCUGGCGUGCGCUGACCUGGCAGAGCCGCCGCCCAAGCCGUCGUGCUGCUGCUGUGGCGCCAGGGGCCACCACGGCGAGGAGUGCCCCUCUGCACGCCACUUCAACUCCUUCAACUUCGCUACACACAGCCCCGCCACCAGAUACAAGACAGCAGGUGCCGACGCUGCUGCUGGUCACCUGAGGGCAGCGGGUGCAGGCAGGGGGGCGGAGGGGCGGCGGUGCUUCCGGUGUGGCGAGGCGGGGCAUCUGAUCAAAGACUGCCCCAAGACGUUUCGCAGGGGGCGGGGCACGCAGGAGGAUGAGGGGGGGGAGGGGAGUGGAGAUGCAGAGGGGGGUGGGGGAGAUAGGGGGAGUAGGUGGAGGGGAGGGAAGGAUGCGGGUGGGAAGGGAGGCAAGAAGCGGUUUGCUAUGGCUCAGCGGAGCAGAGAUGAUGAUGAUGAUGAUGAUUUUGACGAGGUGAAGGAGGAGGAUAGUGGUGGUGAUGGGGAUGGGGAUGGGGAUGGGGAUGGGGAUGGGGAUGGGGAUGACACGCGGUUUGUCGAGGCGUAUGAUCGGUUGGGGUACGAUGACAGUGAUGAUAGCGAGGAGGACCGUAUCGGGGAUGGCAUUAUGAUUGCCGCCCGCUUUGACACCGGGAGAGGCGGCAAGGGGCAGCAGGGGCAGCAGGGGCAGAGGUGGCAGUGGGGGCAGGGAGGGCAGCAGGGAAAGAGAGCGCAGCACAAGCGGUUCUGGGACAGUGAUGAUGGCAGCCAUGGCCGUGGGAACCCCAAUGGGCGUGAGUAUGAGUAUGAGGAGGACGACGAGGAGGAUGGGUGGAGGAGCGUGAGGGGGGCAGGGCAGAUGAAGGAGAGGAAGAGGCGAGGGAGGUGGGAGGAGGAGGGGGGUGACGGUGCUGGGCGUGGUGGGAAGAGAGGGAAGCGGCAGCAAUUUGAAGGGGGGAGGUCUGCUUGGGAUGAGGAGGGUGAGGGUGAGGAGGAGGAGCUUUGGAGAGGAGGCGGUGGGAGGAGUGGGGGCAGAGCGAGCAACGGGAAUCCCGGAGAGGAUGGAAAGGGUUGGGGGGGUGAGAGGAGGGAUGACACGGGGUGGAGUGGAGCGAAGGGGGGGAGGUGGCGCAAGGGUGGUGGUGAGGCGAGGGCUGCAUGGGGGAUGGGGACAGGGGGCAAGCAGGGAGGCGCAAAGGGGAAGGGCGGUGGGAGCAAGAAGGAGAAGGGGGCAGGGAAGGGAGGGUGGGCAGGCAGCAAGCACUUGAGCGGUCAGAAGAGGAAGCGCAACGAAGGGAAGAAAGGUGGCAACGAGGGGAAGAAGGUUGGCAACGAGGGGAAGAAGGGUGGCAAGCCCAGGUGGACGGGAUGA